AUGAUGCGUGGCAAUAACACUCCGAGUCAAGGGGAUGCCCGUGGCAACAAGACUCUGAGUCAAGGACUAGCAAUGCAUCGAGAUCAGUCAAGCUUCAACGAUUACAAAGUCAUGGAUGGGGGCAGGGGCCCGCUAGGGACACGGGUCCCAGUUGCCUCGAAAGAUAUUCAGUCUCUUGUUCAGCAAAGAGGUUCUCUCGCAACUCGGAAAGACAUCUACAACCGGGUUUCUGACGUACGUCGAGACGCUUGCAAGGGCCAGAGUCCGAUUCACGCGCUAGCAGACCAGCUUGAAAAGGAAGGCUUCUGGAGCCGGAUACAAUUUGCACCGGAUGGACGGGUUACAGCCGUUCUUUUCGCACAUCCCGACUCUUUGGCCUACCUUCGAGCCUACCCAGAACUCCUCCUCCUCGACUGCACGUACAAGACAAACAAGCACGGCAUGCCUCUUCUUGAUAUGAUUGGCGUCGAUGCGACACAGCGGUCAUUCUGUGUGGCAUUUGCAUUCCUAAGCGGCGAGGCAGAGGAAGACUAUGCAUGGGCGCUUGAGCAGUUGAGAUCACUGUACGAACAAUGUGGCAUUACACCCCCAUCUGUUAUUUUAACAGAUCGCUGUCUUGCGGCGAUGAAUGCGGCUUCAAAUCUAUUUCCUUCUGCCGCUAUACUCCUCUGCCUUUGGCAUGCAAACAAGGCAGUCUUAGCUCGAUGUCAACCCAAGUUCCCAGAGGCUGAGGAGUGGAAGGAAUUCAACGAGUUCUGGCACUCGAUCAUUGGCUCACCGACGGAAGAUGAGUAUGCCAAGCGACUAGUCGAGUUUCAGCAGAGAUAUACCCCUGAGCACCUCGAUGAAGUGGGGUAUAUCAACGCUACAUGGCUUAACCCUUUCAAGGAGAAGCUUGUCCGCGCGUGGGUCGACCAGUCAAGUCAUUUUGGCAACACGGCUACCUCACGAGUGGAAGGUAUCCAUGCCCUCCUCAAGUCUUAUUUGAGAAGGUCGACACUCGACCUCUUCGAAGCUUGGAAAGCAAUUCGGCUUGCUGUUCUCAACCAACUAUCAGAGCUACAAGCACGUCAAGCAUCACAACAGACUCGAACUCCUCUCGAGCUUUCAGGAGCUUUAUACGGCGCUGUCCGAGGCUAG